AACUAGUUCUGAGUUGUCAAAUGUGACAGGUGACAGUAAACUUCAUGUUAAUCAACAUUUUUAAUAGAUAUCAAACUAUUAUUUAACAUUUAUGUAUACCAAAGUUCUCAGUAACAUGAUUAAAAUAUUUUUUACAAAAUUAAGCUUUAGGAAGAAUUAAUGAAUACGUAGUUGCAAAAAUCCAUCUUUUUGAAAAAGUAGUUUUUAUUAAUGAAUUUAGAAACAGCUAUGUCAGUUUAGGUAUUACUUAUGACAUCAAUACUGAUAGUAAGAAUAAAAUAAUGUCGCUCUACUUCGAUACGCGCGUACAAAAUCCGGAAACAGCUUCUAUCAGUACUCACGCAAUUUGGCAUACAAAUUAUCCACUACUGGCUGUCGCAGCGUAUUCUCAGGAUAAGGGUGGUUUCGUGACAAUUUAUGACGAUCAGGGAGAACCUACUCAGGAUGUAGAAUCACCUAGACAUUCAGUAGCUCAAGUGACUGGCCUUGGAUGGCAUCCAGAAAAGCGAUGGCUUGCAGCAGGAUGGGAAAGCGGAGAAUUGCGGAUAUGGCCAGGUGAUACUGGUAGCACAGAAUUUAAUUUGGUAGUCACACCACAUCAUGAUCCUAUUAUAAUUCUGCAAUGGAGUCAACAUGGGGGAAGAUUGGUGUCAGCAGAUUCAGCUGGAUCCAUAGUUGGUUGGAAAAUUGACUCAAGAGGUCAAUUGUUAAUGAUGUUUCACCAUGAACUGAAGGAUUCUUUUACACAAAUAGUAUUCAAAACUAUUCCACCAAAAUCAAUGAUAGAUAUAAGUGGUCUAGCAAAAGCUGCAGUUGCGGGAGAUGAAAGAGCAUUAGAUAUGUUCAGCUCUUGGCGUCCCAGGACAGCUGCACCCACAACAGUUGUAACGCAAAGAGAAAACCAUGCCUUUUAUAUUGGAACCACUAGCGGUUUGAUAUACUUUGUUGAUAACCAAGGACAGUGCACAGAAAUCCUGAACACGAAUGGUGCUGCAUUACAGUUCCUAUUGCACCAUCCAACUAGAGAUUCUCUAGUUGUUAUGACAGAAGGUUUAAAUAUAGCACAUUUUCAGACAGAUCCUAUUACUGGCCGACUGACUGAAUUAACAAAAGUGAGACUUAGCAGUAGAUACGACAUAUUGAGAACUGGUCCAGCAAUGUGUUGGGCUGGAGCAAAUACUUUAGCGAUUCUUACAGGAGAAUUGGGUGUUCGCUGUUGGGAUCUUCACACUAGUGAUAGUUACGUAUUAUCUCCGCCAGAUUCAUCCACUGGGAACAUGGCUACACCACAGGAAAUCUGCACAAGCAUAGCUUUUUGUAAAAAUAACGGUACUUUGGCUGCUGGAACAAACCUGGGAACGAUUUAUUUAUGGAGACGUAAAAUUGAAACGGACUGCGAUGAAAACGGUUGGCCCAAUGUCCCAGAAUCUUGUAGCAUACAUGGAACAGUAAAACAGCUUACAUGGGGUGCUUUUUUCUUAAGGAGUCCACUUCUUGCCGUAAAUUGUAUUACUAACGUUUUUAUAUUAUAUCAACAACCAAUGUGCGCUACAUAUAACGAUGGUGUUUGUGCUAGUCAACUCAGUCCCUGUCAAAUAUUAAUAGAAUUCAAUGAGCAGAAUUACACUUUGAAAACUGAUAUUCAAGUGCAACUUGUUGCUGUUAAUAAAGAAUACAUCGCUGUUUCUUCUGGUAGACUGAUUGUGGUCUAUAGAAUUCACGAUGAUUCAUCUUUGUAUACUACCGCAAUCGCCAAUUUCAGCUGUGACACUGAGAAAUUAUUGAUUUAUGAUCACACUUUGAUCGUUUUAACUCCUGCAGUCAUACAGUUACGGUCAAUGGAGGGUAAUGUCAUUCAAACGCUACCCACGUUAUCAGAAGAGGGCGAACCAAUUACUAUGGAUCUCACUGGACAAUAUUUAACAGUCGCAUCUCUAAAUGGUAUCUUAAAAAUUUGGGAUUUAAGUAAACGAGAAGCGAAGCUGCAUACCAGAGCAAUGGCAACUUACGAAGCGAUCAGUGAUUUUGCUGAGAUCAUCGAGGCACGGUGCAACGCUGAUUGCCGUUGCGUGUCUAUCACUGUUGCAAUGGCUAACUUGAUGCCCAGUUCUAUUUUGUACGUCUGGGAUAUAGAAAGUGAUCAGAUACAUGAGUUCGACUUUGCCGAGUCUAACGAUAUAGAUGAAGACGAUAGUGCUUUAUCUGUAAAAUGUAGAGGAAGACUGGUUACUGCUCAUUGUUGGGAUGCAGAAGAUCCUAGAUUAUUAGUAUGUCGAGCUCAAAAAUUGGAGACACGCGACUCCAAGUACUCCUCAAAACAAGACAAUGAAGACGAUUACGACGUUUCAAAGGCUACUGUGGUUUUGGUAUCAAUGUUUGCUACAUCGGAUCAUGGAAUUGUCGUUCAGGAUAUUAAACCUAUUAAAGAUGAAAAUUGUAGAGUUCUAGGUGUUCAUUCUCCACAUAUUAUUAUUUUAAAUUCUGAGAAAACAGCAGAGAAGACCAGUAAAGUAACGAAAAUGCUCAUGAGAGAUUUUGAGGAACUAGGUUUAUGUGAUCCUGUUACAAAGAAAGCUGUAUUAGAUUUCAGUUUUCAUAUCAGCGUUGCUAAUAUGGAGGAGGCUUUCAAGUCGAUUAAAUCCAUUAAAAAUGAAGGUAUUUGGAAAAGUUUAGCAAGAAUGUGCGUGAAAACAAAGCAAUUGAACAUGGCGCUUUUGUGUUUGGGUCACAUGAAACAAGCCAGAGCAGCCAGGGCUCUUAGAGAAGCUAUGCAAGAUGAUAAUUUAAACUUGGAAGCCAAAGUAGGUACAUUAGCGGUGGAAUUAGGAUUAUAUAAUGAUGCUGAACGACUUUUUCGCGAGGCGAAAAGAUUGGAUCUAUUAGGCAAGCUUUUCGAAGCGCGUAAUAAAUUUAAAGAAGCUAUAGAGUUAGCAAAGAAUGAGAAUAAAAUUUGCGAAAAAACUAGUUAUUACAACUAUGCAAAGGCUCUCGAGCAAGAAGGUAAAAUAGUGGAAGCUAUAGAGAUGUACACUAAAGCAGAAUGCCACCGAUUUGAAGUACCAAGGAUGUUGCUUGUGAGACCCAGAGAACUAUUAACAUAUCUUAAUAAUUCUGAGGAGCCAGAAAUAAAGAAUUGGCAUGCACAGUAUAUAGAAUCAACCGGAGACAUGGAAGGAGCAUUGAAAUUGUAUGAACAAGCUAAAAAUACUCUAGCAAUGACCAGAUUACUCUGUUAUUUUGGUAGAGAAGACGAAGUUAGUGAAUUGGUAUCGCGAACUAAUCAUGCUGCCUCCGCGUAUCAUUUAGCUGCGCACUAUGAAUCAAAAAAUAAUGUGGCUCAAGCUAUUCAUUUCUAUACCAUUGCUAAAGCCUACACAAAUGCAAUUCGACUGUGCAAAGAACACGAUAUGUUUGAAGAAUUAUGGCCCUUGGCUGUAUUAGCUCCAAGGCAAUCGCAGAUAGAUGUUGCCAAGUACUAUGAAGAAAACGAUCAGUUGGAUAAAGCAGUUUUGUUAUAUCACAAAGCUGGUUUAUUGCACAAGGCGCUGGACAUUGCUUUUAAGACGAAACAAUAUAGUGCUUUGCAAUUGAUUAUUAUGGAUGUCAAUGCGGAUUCUGAUCCUGCUUUGAUAGAAAAAUGCGCUGAUUAUUUUGUUCAAAAUGAUCAGAUUGAAAAAGCAGUAGAUCUACUUGCAACUGGAAGAAAAUACUUAGAAGCUUUGGAAUUGAUACAAAAACAUAAUAUUUUACUGAGUGAAGAUUUAGCCGAGAAGAUGACAUUAGAUAAAGUUGACGACGUAGAUCAUGAAAAAAUACGAAUCUCUAUAUUAGAAAGGAUAGGUGAAAUAGCUUUUGAGCAAGGGAACUAUCAUUUAGCAACCAAAAAGUUCACUCAAGCUGGUAAUAAACUGAGAGCCAUGAAAGCUUUGCUAAAAUCUGGUGAUACAGAAAAAAUUUGUUUCUUUGCUCAAGUUUCCAGACAAAGAGAGAUCUAUAUCAUGGCUGGGAAUUAUUUGCAAUCAUUAGAUUGGCAAAAUCAACCCGAAGUAUUGAAGAAUAUAAUUAACUUUUACUCCAAGGGGAAAGCAAUGGAUCUAUUGGCCAAUUUCUAUGUUGCUUGUGCGCAAGUAGAAGUUGAUGAAUUCCAAAAUUAUGAAAAAGCUCUUGAUGCUCUGAAUCAAGCAAGUAGAUGCUUAGCAAAAGUAUCUACCCCAAGAGACCAUGAUAUCCACAAAAGAGCAGUGGAUUUGGUGAAUAAUAGAAUAGCAACGGUUAAGCGUUACCUCGAUAUUAAAAAGUUGUUUGAUAGAGGAGAAACUAGUUCAGCAAUGCAACAGGUGCGUCAGUUACUUGAGUCUCAAGGAGCAAAUUUGGAACAAUCAGUUCGCCGUGGUGACUUAUUUGCAACGAUUACUCAGCAUUAUAUCAACAUUGGUGAUACUGAUAAAGCACGCGCUAGUAUAGAGGAAUUGAAACGUUUAGUACCUGGAAUUAAUCUCACUUAUUAUUACAAUAUGGGUGUAUUGGAAGCGCUUGGUUAUAAGAUGAAAAUACAACGACAAGAAAGUUCUGAUAAAGAGGAUGAUAUCGAGGAACUGCUAGGAGAAUAGUUAAAUAUAAUGAACAUGCAAUGGAGUUAACGGAAUCCGUCCAAAAGUGUGAUCAUAGAUGUUAAACACAUGAAACAGUUGAUUAUUAUAAAAUAUUUGUAUUAUAUUAUAAUUGGAAAAAUAUAGUCUAGGUUUUAUUUAAAA